AUGGCGAAGAGGAGUUUAACAGAGGAGUCUUGUAAUGAUUUCAGAGGAAAAAAAAGGGUUCAGUUAUCGCCGGCGGUGGGUACGUCUCAUGGCAUCAACGACUUCAGUUUUUCCGGCGAUGACAGCGAUGAAUACGAACAAGAAGAGUGUAAUAGUUCAGUGGGGUCAAAUCAUCCGAAUCUUGAAGUGAUACUUCUCUCCGGCGAUGAAGACGAUGAGGUUGAAUCUCCAUCCUCUAAGAUCAAUACUUCCAGCCAUGAAGAUAGCACCGGCGAUGAACUACAAGAAACCAAGACGAGAAUCACACUAUUCCGGUCGCCGGUGGUUGCUGAGAACCAGUGUGGUGAAAUCGAAUUACCAGAGAAGAAACGGAAAGAAGUUGAAGAAAGAAGAAGAGUGGAAUUGGUGGGUGGAAUAUGGUUCGAUGAUUGUUGA